CAGCUGAGCAUCAAAAUAUCCAGGAUGUGAAAUCCAUUCCGUAUAGGUCCAUAUCACCAAUGCUUCGGCAGCUUGCCUGGGCAGCUGUUCUGGCGCUGACCACGGCAGAACGAGUUCAUCAGGCUUGGGGGCGCGGGGAAGUCCAGCGGUUCCCCACCAGUUGCGACCAGCUGCAGACGGGCUCAUACCAAGUGCCCAAAGAAGGCCUCCGGCUGCAGGACUGCGCCAUUGCUGCUGGGACAAAAGUCCAGGUCCGGUUGGACGGGCCGUUGAUCGUUCAGGGGAACCUCACAGUGCGGGGCACCGCCGUCUUCCGGGGCCCUCACACACUUGCACCUUUCCAGGAGGCUUGCCUCCAAGUGACAGAUGGCCUUACAGUCUCCGGCUUUUUGUGGGUGGAGGGCUGCUACAAUGAUGCAAAGGAUGGCAAGGGAGGCUGCCUGAAAGCCAGCUCCUUGUCCAUGGAGGAGGGGCGUUUGGAGCUGCAGCAUUGCCAGUCGAAGGGAUGCGGAGGGUGCGCGGCGUUGGGCAGCCUGCGCCAGAGGGCCGGCGUGAUGUCCUUCACCCAGUGUCAUGCUGCGAGUGGCGGAGGCCUUGAUGUGGGUGAUCUGGUCCAAGCUGGAGGCGAGAUGGCCUUCCUGGUGUGCACUGCGCAACACGACGGAGGCGGCGGACUGCGCGCGGAGAAGCUUUCCACCAGCGGCGCAAUGCUCUUCGAGAGGUGCGAAUCAACAGCAGGCGGUGGCGCCUACGUCAACCACACCCUCCGGCAGGGCUCUGCAGGGCGCCUCCAAUGCCGCAACUGCAGUGCGAGCCGCAAGGGCGGCUGCCUCUUCGACUCCGGCGGCGUUGCGGCCGACGGCCACGUGGAGGCGGCGGAUGUAUCGGCGCCACACGGCUCCGCAAUGCAUGUCAAAGGAGGCGCCGCAUUCCACACCCUCGUUGUGUCAAAGGCCGAUGCUCCAGCGGUGGAGGUGUGGGGCCUCCUGGCGGCGCAGGAGCUGACAGCUGGACCGUCUGAGCGGGCCCUGGAGGUGAAGGUGUGGAAAGGGGCAAUGGAUGUGAAGUCCGCAAACUGUGGAGAAGUCGUAGGCUGCAGCUUGAAGGUCCAAGCCGAGUACCAGAAUCGCACUGACCUGGUCUUGCCGCGGCCUCACUGCCGUGCCGGAUCUGGCGUCGACACCAGUGCUGGCGCGGGCUGGGUCUCUUACGGGUGCUACAAGUGCCCUGUGACAGAAUUCCAGUUCCAGCAGGGGGCAGCUGCCAAGUGCAUGCCGUGUCCAGCAGUUUGGACCUGCACCAACAACGCGCUGCAGAUGCGAAAGGGUUGGAUGGCGCCCAUCGGCCCGGAGAAGCUGGAACUCGCCGAGCUGAACUUGACCGGAGAGGGCAGGGCACUUCAGUGCCUCAAUGAGGCGGCCUGCCCUGGCGGAGCGGAACUGCCGCUGGACCCGGCGAAGCCCAUGUGUUCAGAAGGACGGACUGGGGUCUUGUGCGCUGCCUGCACCGCUGGGCAUUAUGCCACCGAGGGCAAGUGUGAGAAGUGUCAGGAAGCGUCCCAAGAGGACAAGUUGCGUCUCUGGAAAAUUGCCGGAUGUGGGGCCGCCAUCAGCCUGGGCCUGGCUGGCGUGGCGUGGCUAUCGCGCGGCGUGGUGACCGAGCGCUGGAAACAGGCCGACGUGAGGUGGCACGUUCUGAAGGAGCUUGCUGCUCGGCAGGCGGUGGUGCUUCUUCAAGUAGCUCAGCUGUAUGGAGUUCUGGCAGCGCUCGCGCCAGAUCCAUCCACUAGCCAAGGCGCUUCCCGCGACUUCUUCUGGGAACGGACCUAUGUGGAUGUGUUGCAGCUGAACUUGGCACAGGUGCAGGACGCCUUUAGGCUUCAAUGCCUUUGGGAUGGUGACAAAGUGCGAUUGGUGUUUGCGUUGGCAUCCCCCAUCGCGCCCCUGUUGAUGCUUCUGGCAUGCGGCCUGCUGGAGCUCCUCAAGCCCUCAGGUGCCGGUAUGACCUUCAAGGUUUUGACUAUGUUUUUCAUCGGCGGCGCCCGCGAAUCAGCGGCCCUUCUGCGCUGUCAGCUGGUCGACAAAGGUGGCUCGCCUCUGGGCGACUUCGCGUUCUUGCAGAAGCUGCCAUUCUUGCUCUGCUCCGAAACGGAGGGCGUGGCCAAGUGGGUCUACCAAGCCGGCUACGGCACCGCAGCAGUCUAUGUCGCGGUGAUUCCCUUUGCGCUUCUGUACCUGUAUAUGCGCCAGCGCAUUGUGUUGAGACCCAGCAAGACCAUCACGGCCCAGGCAAAGAGGGGGACGAGGAGCUGGAUCACGAAGCUACAUCCGGCUUGGGCUUUCGAGAAACCUAUGCAGGUCAAUGAUGAGCACCUCCUUGCUGCUGCAGUGGCCCACAUGACAGUCGCAUUCCAGGGCAAGGUCUGGCUGCAGCUGCAAGACGGCAAGGCGGAGAUGAAGUCACCAGAGAGUGAAGGACGAGCAGCUGCUGAGCUAACCGUGAGCAGCUUUUUUGACAGUGGGGAUGAAGUAGCAGGGAUGCUCCGCUCCCGUGCCAUCAUGGAGAUGCUGGUGGAGCGCUGUGAGAUGGAGAAGGCCUCCAAAUCCGACCGCUUCCUCUCUGGUGCCAAGGAGGUAUUCUUCAAAUACGCCUUCUGCCGCUCCGUGUGGAUGGAGAUGGCGCAGAAGCUCUUGGCCGUUGGAUUGGUCACCGUGAUCUCGACAGAAGAUGGCCUCCACCUCUCCCUGGCAUUCGUCCUUGGCAUGGCGGCAACGAUUGCUAUGGUUCAGCCUUACAUCCAGCCGCAGAUGAACGAGCUCCACUUCUUUUCCUUGCUGUGCCUCGCAGCGGCGGCGGUGGGAUUUGCUGGAGCUGGCAACCCCAAAGCCGAGUUGCGUUGGCUUUGGCUGAGCCGGGUGUCUGUGCUGCUUCCUUUCCUGCUGGCCGCUGUGCAGGCGCUGCGUCCGGACAGCUGCGAGGCUUUGGCUGUACGCCUCUUUCAGGAGGCCCGGCAACAGCUGGAGGUGCUGCAGAAGGGGCAGGAGGUGGAGCUGGUGGUCAAGACCGUCAGCUUCAUUUGAGUGCGGCUGACGCUCUGGCGUUCUGACAGGUUUGGUUGGCGCUGUGGUUUUGGUCAGUAUGGCCCAGUGAUUGAUCCAAUGAUGAGUUUGACACUUGGAAUUCCAUCAUUUUCAAGUAGUAAAGGAAAAAUAAUGAAAUGUAUGUGUGUCA